AUGUCUUUUCAAACUUUCCCAUCUUCGCUUCCUUACUUUGAUGCUCUUCAUGACCAAAGCAAGCUUGAUGCCGAUAUCAAGGGAUUGUCCACUGCCGUCGAUGUGACCAAGCUUCAAGUUGCUGAAAAGAUGGAGGAAGAGGAGGGUCAUCCUUUUGUCGAUGCGUUGCAUGGUAUGAGCAACUUGCAACGUACCACCAACAAUGCGCUUGCACACAAGUCAACCGAGGACGCGUGUCUCGAUCUGUACUACCAGCUGGGUGUUUCGACUGAUACAGAGCUCGUGUUUUCUUUGCUUGACAAGGCCUGGAAGCAAGAUCCAACAUUGACCUUACACGUCAUUUGGCAUGCACGAUCCAUUCACCGUGGCAAGAGUGCCAAUGAUCGAUUUUACGUGGCGUUUGGUUGGCUGAUCAAGAAUCAUCCUCAGACUGCGAUUCGCAACGUGCACUUGCUUUCAGCUGAUGUUGUGAGUGUGACCGACAAGCCCAAGAACAAGGAUGCUGGUGAUGAUUGGGACAUGGUUGAAAAGGAGCGACUCAAGUCUCAUGGCUAUUGGAAGGAUUUGUUGAACGUGUGCACCAUCUAUGUUCAAGACGAGUUCAAGACCGGUCCCACUGGUGAUGAUGCCAAGUUCAAAGCCCUCAAUUGUCCUCGUCAAAAGGGUACUCCUUGGAAUGGCCAAAACUUGAAUCAUCGUUACUUGAGCCACAAGUUUUAUGAGAGCAUCAAGAACCUGAGCGCGGAUGAACAAGCAGCCAAGCGUGCAGAACGUAAGGAGCAAGUAGCCAAGAAGUGUCAAAAGCAACGCGAGGAGCAAAAGCAAGCCAAGUUGAACAAGCGAGCCACACGCCACACACGCAUUCAAGAUCUCUUGGCCAAUGAUCCUGUUUAUCGCAGCUUGCAUUUUACGGUUGCUCGUUUGUUUGUCACCCAAUUGGAAGCUGAUCUCAAGACCCUCAAGGCUGCUGCUGAUAGCAAGAAAAAGUACGUGGAUGGCCUUAGCCUUGCUGCAAAGUGGGCACCUUCUCUUCAACAUGCACACGACAAGCAUACGCUUCUUGCCACAUCCAUCAGUGAGGCUCUUUUCCCACCUGCUGUUCACCAACAAGCUGAUGAGAGCCGUGAGCAUUAUAUCAACAAGGUGCGUGAGCUCUAUCGAAAGCAAGUCAUUAGUCCACUACGCAAGGCCUUGGAUAUCACUGAACGUCGCAUGUCAUUGAAUGAGUGGACAUCCAUCGACUUUUCUCAUGUACCCAGCAAGUGUAUGCAAGCCAACAUGCCUCAUUUUGUCAAGCAUGCCAAGGAUCAAUACGUGCAGUUCCUCAAGGAUGUGGCUCUUGGCAAGAAAUCAGUAAGCGGCGCUACCUUGCAACCCCAUGAGCUUAUUGAACGGGCCAAUUGUGCUGUGAACAACAGCUUGCCACCUUCAGUAUCAGCGGCAGCCAAAAAGUAUGCACAACCAGAGGCCGUUGCUGAGAUUGCCAAGGUUGAACGACAGCUGGUGAAUGCUCAAUGGAAGACUUUGGUGGAUUCGAUUCGACAAGAUACGGGUGGUAAUGCAACGCUGGGUAGUUGUAUUGCCGUGUGUGAUAUGUCAGGUUCCAUGUGCAGCCGAUACGUAUCGCCCAUCAUUCCUCUUUGGAGCGCCAUUGGUUUAUCCAUCAUCCUUGCCGAAUUUGCUGCAUCCCCCUUUGCUGGACAUGUCAUCACCUUCAGUGAGAAGCCCACUCUCGUUCAAUUUGAUCCUGAAGCACCAUUGACUGAAAAGUUGGAAAUCAUGAACAAGGCCCCAGCUGGAUUUUCUACCAACUUUUUAUCGGUGUUCCUUGAUUUGCUAUUGCCUAUGGCCAAGCGAUACAAUCUCAAGCAGGAGGACAUGGUCAAACGGUUGUAUGUCUUUUCGGAUAUGGAGUUCAAUGAAGGCUGUGGCACCAAGGAUUGGAAUACCACCUAUGAAGAGAUCAAGAAGGCAUACGAUGAGGCUGGAUAUGAGGUGCCGGAACUCGUUUGGUGGAACUUGGGAGGAAGUCGACCUACCGAUUAUGGAUGGCUUGCAGAUGAUGAGGUUGAAGCUGAAGCUCCUAUCCCAGUUACCAAGGAUGUCAAGGGAUGUGCUAUGCUCUGUGGAUAUUCAGCAGCUAUGCUCAAGAGCUUCUUGGAAGGUGAUAAAAUUGAGGAUCCAGAUCAAGAAAAGGAUGACAAGAUGCAAGUGGAUCGCCCUGAACGCAGCAAGUUGGAUCCCCUUGAGGAGAUGAAGAAGGCAGUAGAACACAAGAGCUUUAAUGACCUGGUGGUGGUUGAUUGA